AUGAACUUCUUCCGGGCAGACAAGUCAACGCAGUAUGUUUCUGUGGAAGAGAGCUCCGAGUGCAGUGAAGACCAGCUGCCUUUGCGAAGGAGACCCUCGUCGCCGAUCGUGUCGGUUUCUAGGUCUUAUUACUUCAUUUCCUUGCUACUGUUUGCUGUUUCCCCUGUGCUUGUCAUUGCCUUAUUCAUUCUACACACUCGGCUGGAGGGUGCUCGCAUCGAUAGCGGCUUCCUCAAAGGCUUCCCUACCGAACUAGAUCCAAUCAAAGGUGUACUUGCCAGUGAAACAGUAAGUUUCACAGGCGGUCUUCACUUUUAUAGAAAUGGGACCUUGUACCGCGAGAUAGUUGAAGGACAGCCGCAAUACGUCGGGCCUCCAUCGCCAGAGAUUGACGCGGCAUGGAAGAGUCUACUAAAAGGUGAGUUGACCAAGGGAGUCCGACCUUGA